GCUCUCAACUCACGAUCGAGCAAGGGACCGUGCGAAAUCGUGAAUCUGCUGCUCCUGCUGCUGCUUGUGAGAUCGCGCGAGCCUAGGGAAACACACGAAGAGCCAAGGUCUGACGAAGCUACUCACGACUCGUGACUGCUGUCCUUUAGAAACCUUGGCGCCUUCUUAAGAGAGGGCUCCCACCAUCUCUCUCCACUCAUCUCCACAGAUUCGUGCCCGUACUCUUUUGCCUACUCAGCUAGCAACGUCGAAAAGCCCUCAAGUCGGUCGCGUCGAUCUCCACCUCCCACCAGCAACAGAAGCGUCAGCCGCCAACUUUGCGAUGUCGGCGACGGGAGCUCAGGGGCUUGCAAAGCCCGUGCACAAGACUGUGCUCAAUCUUGGUAAUUUGCCACCUAAGCGAGCUGGAUUCGGCGGAGGUAGCUAUCCGCGGACUCCGUCCCGCGUGGAUCCCAACAACCCUCCUUGGCCAGCUUACAGAGGCUACCAUGAGUUCUCGUUUGCGCACGAGACCAUGGGCAAACGCUUGCCGACCAUUCUGGGCAAGGCCAUCGAUGAUACCAUCAAGACGCUAAACGAACAGAGCAAGGAGGAAUCGAUGGUCGAUCUGCUGCAAUGCAUCGAGAGGAUGCAGGAGCUGAUGAAGGAUCUUCAAGCGAAUGCGAAGCUCAGACCAGUUGUCGAUGAUGGCGAGGGCGAUGUGGCGUUGUGGAACAAGGAGCUGGCAAAGUAUUUCAGAGGCAAGACUUUCAUGGAUGCUCCAUGGUUCUUUGCGGAAGCAUACAAGUACCGUAGGCUGCACGAAUGCUUUAGCAUCUCCAAGCACUGGAAAGACUACGACGUCUUUUUCCGCCAAAAGUGCGACACCUUCUCUCGCUCGGGCACAGCCGUCUUUGAGCUCUCGACUCGCUUCGCCGAGCCGUUCCAUUACGAAGCGAAUGCUAGCGAAGACGAGAAAGUGAAAGCCAGGAAGCUCAUCUUCCACGAGCUUACUCAGAUCUGCUUGUGGGGAAAUGCUACGGAUCUAAGUCUGCUCAUCAACAUGACUGAGGAAGACAUCAAGAGCCUUCAGAGCACUGGGGGAGAGCACCUGGCUGCGACUGAGAAGAACAUCCUCGGAAAUCACAUCGACAGAAUCUGGGCAUUGCUUUCCAACAUCAAAGAUGGUCGGCUUGACUUUGUACUCGACAACGCAGGAUUCGAGCUGUACUGCGAUUGCGUGUAUGCGGACUGGCUCAUCCAGUCUGGCAUCGCAAAGCAGAUUCGCUUCCACGGCAAGAGGUUCGCUUGGUUCGUCUCCGACGUCACACGCAAGGAUUGGGACUGGCUGUUGAAUAGCAUGAUGUACGGCAGCCUGUUCAGCACUGCUACGGAUGAUCAGCUGCAGUCCCUGAGGCAGCUCGCUGUGCGCUGGAAAAAUUACGAGAAGGAGGGCAAAUGGGUGUAUGAGCAACAUCCCUUCUGGUGUACUGGCUACAGCUUUUGGUCUUUGCCUUCUGAAGCUCCGGACCUCUUUUUGCACCUGUCCGAGAGUGAUUGCGUCUUCUUCAAAGGCGAUCUGAACCACCGUAAAUUGACUUAUGACUGUCAAGCUCCAUCGCAAACUCCAUUCGACAUUGCGAUUGGACCCUUGGCUUCGGAAGAUGGCGCACCUCCGGUCGUCUCGCUCAGGACAGUCAAAUCCGAUGUGGUCGUCGGGGUGGACGAGGCGACAGCUGCUAGAUUGGACAAGGAGGAGCCGGGAUGGCGGAUCAGCGGCAAGUACGCCGUCGUUUUGCUCAGCGAAGGCGAUGCGGAAAGGAAACCAGUGCAACUGGGAGGCGAAACGCGCCCCUAGGUGCGAGCACCUUGGCCGCUCGUCGCUGCCAUUGUUGGCCACGUCUCAAAUCCGCCUCGUGCACUUCAAGCUGCAACGCCUUCUUCUACAAAGUCGCUUCGCAAUUUGAAUCGAUAUGUCAUACACGCAA